CGUCUUAUUACAAUCGUUCAGCGGUGAAACGACCGCGCGGCACGUUCUAUUUCCGCGCGUCCGAAUCGCGUCAUUUGAAAUUCGAAUUUCGAAUCGUUUCCAACGCGCAUCGCCAGUUGCGCUUGAAAAAAUAAAUACCUAACAACAUGACAUAAACUUUUUUUUUAAUAUUUUUUUUUCAAAGUGCAGUGCUGCGUUUAAAAAUAAAACUUUUCCGCGAGUGGAUUUUAUAUUGUUUCUUUGUUUGGAUUAAAAACAGACAGGAUGGCGGGAAUGAAUCUCCGUUUGGCGUUCGCCAUCAUAUCGGGCGGGUGUUGGUCGGCCUUCCAGCACGGCUACAACACUGGAGUGAUCAACGCGCCGCAAGCUGUAAUGUCAGAAUGGUUGCACAAGGAAGCACUAAGUGGAACCAACUUGACCAUCUCCGCCAAAGACGACCCGAAAGUGACCACCGUGUGGUCAAUCGUGGUCGCUAUCUACUGCGUGGGCGGCAUGAUAGGCGGCGUCAUCACCGGCGCCAUCGCUGACAGGUUUGGCAGAAAAGGCGGUCUCCUUCUGAACAACUUGCUGGUAUUCAUAUCCGUAGCGCUGCAAGCUUGCUCCAAGAUGGCCAACUCGGCUGAAAUGCUCAUUGUUGGAAGGUUGGUGAUUGGUGUUAACAACGGUUUGAACGCGGGCUUAGCACCGCUGUAUCUGUCAGAAAUAGCGCCAGUUUCUAUACGAGGAUCAAUCGGCACAGUUUACCAACUAGUCAUAACUAUAACGAUCCUGCUGUCCCAAGUCCUGGGGCUGGAGUCCAUCCUGGGCACCACCGUGGGCUGGCCGUGGCUCCUGGCUAUCACCACCAUCCCCGCACUUCUCCAGUGCUGCACCCUACCCCUGUGUCCAGAGUCACCCAAGUACCUUCUGCUGAAUAGAGGGGCGGAGCUUCAUGCACAAAGGGCACUCAAUUGGCUAAGAGGCGAUGUGGCAGUACACGGAGAAAUGGAAGAAAUGCAUCAGGAAGCGGAGAAGAACAAAGUGAGCAAGAAGGUGACUCUCCGAGAGCUGUUCAGUAACCGCUCGCUGCGCCAGCCGCUGCUCAUAGCCAUAGUCGUGAUGGUCGCGCAGCAGCUGUCAGGGAUCAACGCCGUCAUCUUCUUCUCCACCGACAUCUUUAGCUCCGCCGGCUUGAGCGAGAGCCAGAGCCAGUAUGCUACCCUGGGCAUGGGUGCAAUGAACGUGGUGAUGACGGUGGUCUCCUUGCUCCUGGUGGAGAAGGCUGGAAGGAAGACCCUACUGCUGACCGGCUUCAGUGGCAUGAUCGUCUGCUCCGUUGGACUGUGCGUUGCCAAUUCGUAUGUGACUAAAUACGUGUGGGUGUCGUACUUGUGUAUUGCGCUGGUGAUACUUUUCGUAGUGAUGUUCGCGGUGGGCCCGGGUUCGAUUCCCUGGUUCCUGGUCACAGAGUUGUUCAACCAAGCGUCGCGACCGGCGGCCUCGUCUGUGGCUGUCACUGUCAACUGGACUGCGAACUUUAUUGUCGGCCUCAGCUUCCUACCGUUAACUCAUCUCCUAGGAUCGAAUACGUUCAUAAUAUUCGCCGUGUUCCAAUUCUUGUUCAUCUUGUUCAUCGCGUUCAAAGUUCCGGAAACGAAGAACAAAACAAUCGAAGAAAUCACCGCCAUGUUUAGGCAGCAGAUGUAGACCAUAGAGUUUAUAGUGUCUCUCAGACCAAUUAUAGAAGGACCUGUUUCGCACUCAUAGUCACGAACAAAAUUGUCUGUCAUUUUCUGAGGAAAACGAGCUUAGAUUUUGUAUAUAUCUUAUACUAAACUAAAAGUUUUUGACCGUUUUUUACACAACUCAAUUACAUAAAAAGUAAUUUUUAAGUAGUAAAGUAUUUUUACGGAGCUCUUUAACCGACGAACACGAUUACAACUAUUUAACAUCGAUUCUACAGACACAGUUUUUAUAAUCGCAUUAGAUCAUUGAUCAUAUACUUUGACAGAAAAGUAACGUCUAGCGAGACAGGUCCUAUACAAUAAUUGGUCUGAGUAGUGUCUAUAUUAUAUCCUCUAAGGUGUACAGGCAAAGGUUGGUAGCUAUACAGCCUAUACAUAUUGACAUAUAUAAUAAAGUAUAAAAUACACGGCCUGUAGCUGUAAGUUGAACUAUGCUCAGUAACAUAUUUUUAUAUUUUUAACUAUCGUGAGUGUUCUUCAUAAAUUAUUAUGAAAUACAGCUAAAACUUUCAAACCCAUACGGGGUCUUUAGUCACGAGCUGGUCUUGCAACGCCGCACGAUCCAAACUUCGCCGUAUCUCGUGAGUUUAAUUCGUGUUUUGUAAUAAAUUUACAUAUUUUAUUGUUAGCGCCGUUACAUAUACAUUAUUUGACAUCUUAAAUUAAUUGAAAAAUAUACAGAAAAUUAUUUGUAAUUUAUACUCAACAACAACGUCGUCGUCAUCAACCCAUAUUUGGCUCACUGCUGAGCUCGAGUCUCCUCUCAGAAUGAGAGGGGUUAGGCCAAUAGUCCACCACGCUGGCCCAAUGCGGAUUGGCAGACUUCGCACACGCAGAGAAUUUAGAUAAUUCUCAGGUAUGCAGGUUUCCUCACGAUGAUUUCCUUCACCGUUUGAGACACGUGAUAUUUAAUUUCUUAAAAUGCACACAACAGAAAAGUUUGAGGUGCAUGCACCGGACCGGAUUCGAAUCCACACCCUCCGGAAUCGGAGGCACGGCUCAACAACAUAGUUGUGGUCAAUAACGAAUGUUAUAUAUACAAGUAAUACCUCAAUAUCGUCUAAAAUAUCGAGUUGUGUGUUCAGGAAGUAUGAAAACCACAUAUACCUACAUAAAUAUAUAAUGAAAUUAAAGACCAAAUUUUGCAUGUGUGUGCUCAGUGUUGUAGCUUAUUAUUCGGAUCAAUUUUUGCAGUGAUUUUGUAGGAACCGAUCCAUAGUAUAAAAUUAUCAUUGCUUACAGGUACAUCAAUACAUAAUUUACUUUUGGUCCAUCGAUAUUAUCAAAAAAAUAGACGCCCUCAGAGGAUACAAAAAAAAAUUGCUUCAAUUAAAAAAUGAGGUUCUUUAAAUGCCUAGAUAUAUAGUGAUUUUUUAAAUAAGCUUAUUUUUAAGUGCACGUUAUUUAUUAUUACUUUAAAUAGCUUGGUAGGAAUUUUAUACAAAUUAAACUUUCAUCCAUAUUUUCCAAUAAUCAAAAAUAAUAGAACUGUCAGGAACAGCCUGCACUUUACCGAAGGUUUUUUAACCACGGCUCUUAGACCAUUAAUAAGAAUUUUUAAUGGUUAAUUUUUAAUUAUUAAUGGUCUAAGACCACGGCUAUUUGAAUUGGGCUCUUUUUGGUUUAUACUUUUUCGGUAAACUUUAAUUAUUUUUAACCGUAGACAGAGAAAUAAAUAGACGACUGAUAGACCUGCCGUCGAAAAUCUAUUAUCAAGAGAUAUUAGAUUGAAUCAAUGGAACCAGUCUCGUUUAUUUAGUGAUUCUUUUUUUCUCAUGAAGCUUUUUGACACUAUUCGUCUAUUUCUUUCUUUGUCUACGUUUUUAUCUUUCGGCUAAAGCACGGCCGAUCAGGGUUGCGUUUCUGACAGGUCGUUAUGAUUAUGACAGGAUGGAUUAAUAAUUUUGACAAGUAUUUUGUAUUUCCUCGCAUUUUGGAAGUAAAGAAUUGUGGCUCAAAAUGGCUGAAUGUCUCAUGUAAAUUAUUUAAUGCAAUUAAUCUUAACUAUCAGUGAUUGUAUAACUUUAGUAUCUAAGAGUAAGGAUAAGAAUAGUUUGGUAAAAUAAAACAUUUUAUUUUUAAUAAAACUUUUUAUUUAAAUUAUA